CAUAAUACAUUUUGCCUAUUAGCCAGGUAAAAUUAGAAUGUCAUUAGGCUUGCCGUUGGCGCUCUUUUUGGCGCUGAUUCAGGCGUGGCAGGUGCCCGGGCACUGGCUGUGCGAUGGCAUGGCCUGCCCCAGCAACUACUCCGUCUACGCGCAGCAGCGCUCCGGCCUGGACAUCUACGCCUCGGGCAACUGCUUCACGCACAUCAAGCGCCAGUCCGGCGCAAAAAGACUGGCAUGCAUGAACAUGUGCUUGCGGGAGGGAUGUGUGCACGCCAUCACUGGGGACGAUGGGUGCGUGUUGCUGGGUUCGGGUGUGUUGCCCCCCUACAACACGGGGCUGUACCGUCAGCUGGCAGGUGGCCAGGGCCCGCUGGUCGAGGUUGCCAGGGGGAAGCCUGUGAAUGCGUCGUCCUCAUACCCCUCAAAUCCACCCUACAAUUGGGAACCACAAUACGCCAACGACGGCGUUUCGACCGAGAAGUAUAACUUCUUCCACUCCGGCUUAUUCUCCUCCGGCGACGACAUGUACCCGUACCUCUUGAUUGAUCUCCUGAAGCCCUACGCUGUGGUGAGCGUGUCGCUGCUGCCGCGCAUCGAGAAAGGAGAUGGUGUGGCACUCAUUCAACGAGCACACAACAUUACCCUGUACGUGGGCAACACGGUGGUCACUGAUGGCGUCUUCGCGGGCGUGUACGAGCAGUUCGCCUUCAUCGCAAAGCCCGUGCUGGACACGGCCACCAACACACCAGUCUGGCAGCACAUAACUCCAACCACUCCCCUGUGCGGCAGGUACUUCGUCGUCAAGAAGGAACAGGGAGGGCCGUACCAUUACCUGGAGAUCACUGAGGUGCAGGUCUACACAAGCGAACCUUAAAGUGGAUGCUCAUACAGGCGCGAUCUUUGAAAGAAAGGACUUUCAAGGAGGAGACAUGCGUAGAUGAAUUAGCGGAUGAUGGAGCUGAAGAAGAAUGAAUGUCAUCCCAUGAAGAAUGAUGUGAACUAAUAUAAUUUAGUAGUCAAUCACUUUCUCUUUUAGAAUUAUAUGCGUCAUACGCGGCAGCUUCACAGAUUCAUUUCUGUCCUUAUAAGACACUGGAUACACAAGCCCAUCUGGUUCAUUGGCUAUUUCGAAGUAACUAACUGUCCCUUUAAACCUGCCACGUUAACUUUUACCUGCCUGAUUUGCAUAAUUCCAGUAGCGUUCAAUUCUCUAAACAGAAUCUGAUUAAAUAGCUCGUGAACAUCAACUUUG